GUUGUCGAUUACUAUAUCAACGUCGAUGAUAGGACGUAAAGCUGAAUAUGUAAUAGAUUUUAGGUUUCUUCCAUCUAUAUAUACACAGAUAGUCUGGAGAGACAACAUUCUAGUUAAAUUCUAGUUACGAUUAGCCAAUCAUGGCCCAAGCUCAGCAAGAGACGACAGCAUCGUCAUCCUUACCGGUCCCCAAUCUAAUUGACCUCAAACCUGGCCUUCGCCUGUUACAUCCACUAUCGCGGCGAGGCAAUGGACCUGGUUUGAUCGUCCUCCCGUCUGAUGAGGGCAGUUCGGGCUUAAAUUUAGUCGACGGCGUUCCUUCGCCGUUGAUGAAAUGGGCUGAGGAGGGAUAUACUGUUGUCGAAAUUAAUGGGAGUACAGAGCCUCAAGGUCGCUUGUCGACCGCACUUGCGACUCUGGCUAGCUGUGAAAGCUGUGUCCCGAAGGGAAAAGUCGGUCUAGUUGCGUAUGGCUCAGAAGUGUGGUCCCAAAUCGCACCGUACGUGACAGACCAUCCUGAGAUCGUCGGCGCUGUCGUAUAUGCAAAUACAGAUACGCCAAUUACAAAGUCUACUAUUCCCAUGUUGCAGCACUUGGCUGGUAUAGCAACGACUAAACCUACCUCAUCUUCGGACGCCAUAAAGCUAUACCAUUACUCCGGCGUAGACUCAUACCUCUUUGCAACACCGUUUCAAGAGAAGUUUAGGUAUUCCACAGAAGCCGUAUCACACACUCGCAAUCUCACCUUUCUCAAACCUCUUAUGAACGGACCCUACUUUGACCUAGAAGCCAUUUGGGAGGAGCACACAUAUUUUGAAUUUGAUACUCGCUCGGUCAAGGAUACUAUGGGUACGAUGGUCCAAGAGCCUUAUGUGAACCAUAUUCCUACGUUAACUGGAGGCAUCGGAAGAGUUCGUCUCUCGGACUUUUAUCAAAACCAUUUCGUGUUUCAGAACCCGGCAGACACCGAACUCGAAUUAAUUAGCCGUACGAUUGGGAUUGACCGGGUCGUUGAUGAGUUUAUUUACAAGUUUACACACGAUAUGCAGAUCGAUUGGCUGCUCCCAGGUAUCCCACCCACCGGCCGGAAAGCCGAAAUUCCUUUUACGGGAGUCGUCAACAUCCGUGGUGACCGGCUGUACCACGAACAUAUCUCGUGGGACCAAACAACGGCUUUGUUUCAGCUUGGCUUAAUGCCCGAGUAUCUCCCUUACCCGUAUCCAUUGGCAGAUGGGUCGCGUCCAGCAGCGGGGAAGAGGGCCGAGUAUAGAGUGCCUGGAACUGGGCGAGCGACGGCAGAGAAAAUGAGAGAUAGGAAUUGCCUGGCUUCGAAUGAGAUGUUUAGGUAUAGUGUUCGGGUAGUGGACGAAUGAUUCUUUUUUUGCGAAUAUUUAGAAGAUCCAGACAAUCAGUGGCGGAGGCUGGUGUUGACUAUUCUCUGGUUCAUUGAUAACGAGACAUUGGCCCUUUCUCCGGCUAUCAUUCCCACUUGGAUUUUCCUUUAGUCUUCACAUAUCUCUUAGAGUAAAUGUGAAUGGUAAGAAAGCAUUAUUAGAAACGCGACAUUCAUUCUCUUUCUUUCUUUAUUUUUGGGUCCUUUUCCCGCUUGGCAUUACACAUAAACUAGACGGGUAGAAAUAGAAGAGGAACGAAUAUAGCAAAGUUUGG